AUGUCUCAACAGUCACAUACUGAGCAGUUCCCCAAGAACCAGCCGCCCCUGGCUGAGAGGUUGGCAUCAGCCCGCCAGCUUGUCACCAAGGCCAUUUCAGCAGUGCCUCCUCAUCCAGAGCCUCUUCCCAGCCCAAAUUCCGACCAGGGUGAGCCUAGCAACUUGCUCCAAGAUGUCAAGAAGCUGGGCUUCGAUGACUUUGAUACCCUCGUACACUUCUUUUCUUCGGCCGUCGAGGGCCAGAUCAACGACAACGAGUUAUUGCUCGAGAACCUCAUCCAGCUCUUUGCCAAGCUGCCCCAGAACUCAGUCAAGGGCAAGAGGCUAGAGAACGGCUUGAUCAACCAGCUAUGGAACGGCAUCGACCACCCUCCCAUGACGACGCUUGGAGAGGACCACAAAUACCGCGCCGCCGAUGGCUCCGGCAACGCCAUUCAUGAUCCCAAGAUGGGUGCGGCGGGACAGCCGUACGCCCGCUCAACACCAGCCAAGAGCUACCAGAACCCUAACCAGCCCGAGCCGGAGAUGAUCUUUGACAUGCUCUUUGCCCGCGGUGGUGAAUUCAAGCCUCACCCCAACAAGAUCUCCAGCUUCAUGUUCUACCUGGCUACCAUCAUCACCCACGACAUUUUCCAGACUAAGAAUGGAACUUCACCUAUUAACCAGACUUCCUCGUACCUGGACCUCGCUCCUCUGUACGGUCGCAACCAAGCCGAACAGGACCUCAUGAGGACGAAGAAGAACGGUCUGCUCAAGCCGGACACAUUUUCUUCCAAGAGAGUUCUGGGAUUCCCUCCUGGCGUUGGUACUCUUUUGAUCAUGUUUAACCGUUACCACAACUACGUCGCUACCAACUUGGCAACAAUCAACGAGGGUGGCCGAUUCCAGAAGCCAACUGGCGACGACCCGGAGAAGACGGCAAAGUAUGACAACGACUUGUUCCAGACUGCUCGCCUCAUCACUUGCGGUCUUUACGUCAGCAUCAUUCUCCGCGACUAUGUCCGCACUAUUCUGGGUAUGAACCGCACUGCAUCAAGCUGGGCCUUGGAUCCCCGCACCAACGAGGGCAAGAGCAUUCUCAGCCAGCAGACCCCUGAGGGUACUGGAAACCAAGUGUCUGUCGAGUUCAACCUCAUCUACAGGUGGCACAACACAAUCUCCCCCAAGGAUGAGCAGUGGACAAAGGAUGUUAUGAAGAAGGUUCUCGGAAAGGACCCCACAGAAAUGUCGCUGAUGGAAUUCGGCCAUGCGAUGAGAGACUGGGAGCAAGAGAUCCCUGACGACCCCGCGCAAAGAGGCUUCAUGGACCUGCCUCGCAACGCCGACGGCACGUUGAACGAGGCGGAUCUGGCCAAGAUCUUCAAGGAGUCCGUCGACGAUGUUGCCGGCUCCUACGGCGCCAACAGGAUUCCCGAGGUAAUGAGGCCCAUUGAGCUGAUGGGAAUCAUGGCAUCCCGCUCCUGGAACUGUGCCACGCUCAACGAGUUCCGUGAGCACUUUGGCCUUACUAGGCACCCGACAUUCGAGGACAUCAACCCCGAUAAGGAGGUUGCUGCGAAGCUCAGAUUCCUGUACGGAAGCCCUGAUGCAGUCGAGCUUUACCCCGGCCUGAUGGCCGAGAAGGCGAAGCCGCCCAUGGCGCCGGGCAGUGGUCUCUGCGGUAACUUCACCAUGACUAGGGCCAUCUUAUCUGAUGCGGUCGCGUUGGUUCGCGGCGAUCGCUUCUACACAAUCGACUACACGCCCAAGAACCUGACCAACUGGGGAUUCAACCAAGCCAGCUACGACCUGAAUGUCGACCAGAGCCACGUUCUCUACAAGCUGGUCUUCCGCGCUUUCCCCAACUCUUUCCAGAACAACAGCAUCUACGCCCACUUUCCCUUCGUCAUCCCCUCAGAAAACAAGAAGAUCCUCGAGAGCAUCGACAAGGCCUACCUGUACACCUGGGACGAGCCCAAGACCAAGACCCCGCUGAUCCCUAUCCUGUCGCACAAGGCCGUCAGCGAGGUCCUUUACAACCAGCAGGACUUCAAGGUCAUCACCGGUGACGCUAUCAACCACCUGGUCGCCCAGCCCAACAAGCCCCACUACGGCAAGGACUUCUGCCUCUCUGGCGAUGGAAAGGAGCACGCCAAAAACCGCACGCUCGUCCGCAAGUCUCUGAUCUCUGGCCCGUGGGAGACGGAAAUUUGGAAGUGGUACACUCACAUGACGCCCAAGAUCCUCAACCUCAACAGCUUCCCGAUUCCCGGAAACAAGAGGGAGAUUGACCUGGUCCGGGACGUCAUUAACGUCACCAACACCCGCUUCAACGCUGCGCUGUUCUGCAUGCCGAUCAAGAACGAGGAGUCGCCGUGGGGCGUGUACACCGACCAGGAGCUGUACUCGGUCCUUGGCGCCCUCUUCCAGGCCGUGUUCAUGGAUGCCGACAUUGGAAACAGCUUCAAGCUUCGCACAAUCGCCCGUGAGCUUGCUCAGGAUCUCGGCAAGGUUGUUAUGCUUAUCGCUCAGACAAUCAAGAAGGCGGGCCUGCUUACGGACAUCGUCGCCAAGAUUCGCGAGGGCGAGGCGUCUCUUCCCACGUACGGCAACCAUCUUAUUGAGCGCAUGCUCUCCGACGGCAAGGACGUCGAGGAGGUUGUCUGGGGAACCAUCAUGCCCGUCAUCACGGCCAACGUCGCGAACCAGUCUCAGGUCACUUCUCUCUGCGUCGACUACUACCUCGACAAGGAGGGCAAGAAGCAUCUGCCCGAGUUGUACCGCCUGGCGCACGAGAACACACCGGAGGCGGACGAGACCUUGCUGAAGUACAUGCUUGAGGGCUGCCGUCUCCGCGGACCCGUCGCGGUUUACAGAGAAGCUACGUCCACACAGGUCAUCACUGACUACUCCCCCUGUCUGCCCUCCGAGUCCGACCCGACCGGUCGCGACCCCAUCACCAACCCCGACAUCGAGGGCACCAAGCGCGAGGUCAAGAUCCCCAAGGGCUACCGCGUGGUGUGCAACUUCGCCACCGCCGGCCGUGACCCCGCCAUCUUCGAGGACCCCAACGAGGUUCGCCUCGACCGCCCCCUGGACUCUUACGUCCACUUCGGCUUGGGCCCGCAUUGGUGCGCGGGCAAGGAGAUGUCUCGCGUCGGACAGACGAGUCUGUUCAAGCAGAUCGUCGGCCUCAAAAACCUGCGCCGCGCGCCCGGCGGACGGGGCGAGAUGAAGAACUUCCCUGCCUCCCCGUGGAACGGACAAGUCGGUCUGCGUGUGGAGGGCCAGAAUGGAAGCGCGGCGCAUCAGCAGCCUUGGCUUGGACUGAGGGCCUUCAUGACUGUUGACCAAAGCUCGCUGUGGCCUAUCCCCACGACAAUGCGUGUGCAAUGGGAUGAGUAA